AUGACUGACUGGACUUGUGUUUCAUUUGAUGAAGCAAAAUAUGUACUACGUAAAUGGCGUGAAGAGCAUGCUCGUAGAUCAGUGGAAGCAGUGGAAUUAUGGGAGCAUGUUUUAAGUCGUCAUCCUCAUUCGCUGGGCGAUGAAUUAUGGCUUGUUUAUGAACAGGUUUGCAUAGCUGCGUUAGAUUUAGUCAGAACUGAUGUUGUAAUGGAAUGUAUACAAGCACUGCAAGAAAAGUUUCCACGAAGUAAUCGUGUCUUGAAACUGCAAGCAAUGCGUCUCGAAGCCUUAAAACGGUAUGAUAGCGCUACGCGUUUGUAUGAACAGCUUAUUGAAUCAGAUCCAACAAAUAUGUCAUAUCGCAAGCGAAGAAUUGCAAUUCUGAAAGCACAAGGUAAUCGACAGGAAGCAAUCCGAGAAUUAAACGAAUAUUUGAAAACUUUUAUUUCUGAUUCGGAAGCGUGGCUAGAGCUUUCUAAUUUGCAUUUACAAGAAGGUGAUUAUCCACAUGCGGCACAUUGCAUAGAGGAACUUGUCUUAUCUAGUCCACAUAAUAGUUUAUAUUUGCGACGGCUUGCAGAAAUACGUUAUACGCAGGGUGGUUUAGAAAAUAUUGAACUUGCGAAAUCAUAUUUUGAACAAGCCGUUCGAACUAAUCCAUCAUGUUCUCGUUCAUUAUAUGGAAUAAUUUUGUGUUGCAUAAAUUUAUCAUCAAAAAGCAGUGGUCAAAGGAAAAAAGAAAUAGUACAGAGUGGAUUAAUGGCCACUGAAAAGUUGAUAAAUAUUUACAAAGAGGCUUCAGGAAAAGGAAAAAAUCCGAAUAUUGCUAUGGAGUUGGAAACAAUAUUAAACUUGAAAACACAGUUACAAAGUUAA